AUGAAGUUUGUCUCGGUCCUUGCGGUCCUCUUCUUGCCCACCUUGACCCACAGCAACUUCUGGCAGUUUGGAAGGAUGAUCAAACUCAUGACUGGGAAGAGCGCCUUCUUCUCUUACUAUGGCUAUGGCUGUUACUGUGGCCUGGGGGGCAGAGGAAAUGCAGUGGAUGACACGGACAGGUGCUGUAAGGACCAUGAUUGCUGCUAUGCCGAGUUGAAGACCUGCUGCGGCUGUCAGCCUAUGUUUAGCACCUACCAUUUCCACAUUGUCAAUGGAAGUGUGAUCUGCUAUGGUGGCAGGAAUAGUGGGAGCCGCUGUGGGUCAAUGACCUGUGAGUGUGACAAGAGAUCCGUUCACUGCUUCAAAGAGAACCUUCCCACCUAUAAGAAGAAUUACCAGUUCUACAGUUAUUCCCGGUGUGGUGUGCACAAGGUCCCAUGCUAA